AUGUCAACGAAUCGUAAUAACGAAGAGCAAAAUGAUAAUAGAGUAUGCAGCUGGCAAAACUUGGCAUUGUCUGCUGAAUUAGCAUCUAAUCAACAACAACCAGCAUGUGAACAAGGACAGAAUCGAUCUCAACUUGAACAAAGAGAACAAUUACAAUCUAUACAACGGCAAGAUCAAUUACAGUUGGUACAACGAUCACUACCACAUUUGCAAUCUAGACAAGGAGAGCCACAACAGCAACAAGAAAAACACAAACAACAGAAGAAAAAAUGCCGAGGUGAUCGUAAACGUCAACGAUACAGAGCAAAACUUCGUAAGCGAGGUUUAAAUGAUGAAGAAAUCGCAAAUUUAGAACAUAAUUAUAGCAAUAUUAAUCAUGGUCAAGAGAUACAACUAUCUACUAUUCCUGAUGUAGACAUUGAACUUCUUGUACCUACAGAUAAACAGAAGGAUAUGCCUGAAAACGAAAAUGUUCAACAAACAAAAUCUGUUAAACGUAAACGUGAAACAAGACCAGUUGGCAUUACAACAUCACUGAGUCAAAUGUCAAUAUCAAAUCUUUCAAAAAAACGACCGCGUUCCACAUCUAUGCGUCGUAUUACAGAAGAGAAAAGUGUUGAAGAAACACAAUCCAACAAUAAACCCAAAUAUCUAAAAGUACCCGAUCAAGUAUUCAAAGAUAUGCUAUCAAAAUCAUUGACAGAUGGAAACUCUAUUGUUGAAGCACUAGAUACACCUGAAAAAUUAGAAUUCGUUCAACACGACUUUUGGCAACAUUAUCAUACAGUAUGUAUUUCUGAAGUCAUUUGGUCUUCACCUUUGACGAAAGAUAUUGCUAAAGAAAAUAAUUUAUGUCGAUUCAAAUUUAAAACAAAGAUUCAACUUGAAAAACACACAAAAAUUAUUGGUACUCGACUUCAGGAAGCGGAAAACAACUUAAAUAGCCACCAACAACAACCAAUCAAUAGUUCAUUUGAUAUGAAUAAAUUAUCAACCAUCAUUACUGCUUUUGUUCGUCAAGGUCAACAUAAAUUGUCCGCCGAAUAUGAACGAAAGAAAUUGAUAUUACAAUGUGAUGCUAAUGAUCAUCGGUUAAUUAAAGCAUUUUACAAUUUGAACCCAACUGAAAAUCAGAUUCGUUCAGCCAAAAUUAUCUGGCAGGCUACAAAAGAUAAAUUGCAAGUUGAAGAGCAAGUGGCCGUUCUUAAACAACGUAUCUAUACCAAACGAUUACCUGCAUCGUUUGCUAUUCUUGAUCAUUCAAUAGAUAAUAUGGAAAAUAUGUUGAAACAACCAGCACUCAAUCAAGAUAAACGUGCCACAUUAUCAUUUCGUCGACUUAAAACAAUUGCUCAAUUCAAAUACGAUAUGAUGGUACUGGCUAUUACAACCACUGAAGAGACAGUUCGAUGUCAUGCGAGUAUCAUUGCCGAUGAAAAAAAGAAAUUAAUUGAUACCACUGGAGGACAAGUACCUAUUCCUAAAUCACUCGUCCAACUAAUGAGUGCUAUUGCAGCACGUCAAAGUAAUAUGGGUCCUAAAUAUGUGCCACCAUGUCAAAGUCGCUUUUCGGGUCCAACCGUUGAUAAAUUUGUUACACGGGAAUAUGAUAAUAUUGUUCAAUGUUUUGAAAAUGGCCUUAAAAAAAAUUGUAUUUCAUAUUCCGAUCCACAAGCGAAAGACUUCUUUAUUGCUGUAGAAAAUCUUAUUCGCCGUUUCUACACAACUCCUUUACCUCCGAAAUUAUUCGCUCGUGCUCAAUAUGAACAUCGAAUGAUCAAAAGUAUCCAACGUCAACUCAAAAAGUCCAAUGUGGUUCUACGAAUAACGGACAAAAGUAAAGUAUUUCAUUUAGGUUGUGUUUAUGAUUAUCAUCAAAAAGCACUACAAUACAUGCAUGAAACCAAUGCCUAUAGAGAAAUAACAAGUGGUAUUAAUCCAUGUCAGAAUCAUGUACAAACAGUCCUAGCAUUAAUCGAUCCGAUGUUGAAAAAAAGAGAGAUUAAUCUUGAAAUAUGGAAACAAUAUAUGCGACCAAAUGUAACCACAACUGAAUUAGCUCAUCUAUACUUUAUACCAAAGCCACACAAAAUUGGUACACCAUUGAGACCGAUUGUGUCGUCAAUAAAAGCAGCAGCAACUGGUGUUUCACACUUCUUAGAUAUUUUACUUCGUCCCAUGUUUAACCGAGUAGCAAAGGAAACUAUAUUUCUGAAUGGAAUUGACUUUGUUCGACAAAUGGAAACUUAUCGAAAUAGUGGUCGACUCUUGCCAACAACACUGUUGGUUACUUUCGAUGUGACUAAUCUCUAUACUAUGAUACCUCGUGAUGGAGCUAUAAUCGCUUUACAAAAAUUCUUAUACAAACAUGGAGAAAAUCGUCGAAUUCACGGAAUGACAAUCGAUACUAUAACGCGACUUGCUCGUCUAGUUUUAGAUACAAAUUGUUUCGUCUACGAAAAGAAAUAUUAUCAACAAAUUCGUGGUGGGGCUAUGGGAUCACCAUUUACUAUGACAUUAGCUAAUAUCUAUAUGUGGGAUUAG